GGGAGUUAGCAAACAGGAAAGAGAAGCGCACUAUAAGAAGAGAACGAAACCCGAGGAGCGUCAAAACAUUUAGAACACAGCCGAGAGAGGAGGAGAGGAGAGAGGGAGACAGAGGGGAGGAGAGAUACGUGGAAAACGGCAAUGCGUUCAGGAUUGAAGACUUAAAUCGCUGUGAUCUAUUUCCUACAAGGACAGCAAAUGCUUGUACUUGUCAUAAUCCAGCGUCAGCACACUGGGAGGAAAGGUAAAAGUGAGGUCCGACGACGCACUCCUCUUGCGCCCGGCGCGCCUCGGUGUCCCCGCGCACAGAAAUCCUGGAUGAGCGCAAAGAGUCCGCUUCAGCACCUGAGGAGAGGACAGCUCCGCUCUGUGCGCUCCUCGGGACCUCCCGUCCGAAAACUCCGAUACAGCUUUUAAUGUCAACACUUCCAGUCUGACUCUCUGCUUCACAAGUCUGGAAGAAGUCUAAAGAUCCGCUGACGGAGAGAUCCGCGACUGACUGUGUGCUCAAUAUGUACCAGGGGCAUUUACAGGGGAAAGACUCUAGGGCUGCAGAUAAGACUGUUGCCAUGGUCCUGAAGGAGAUACCAAGUAAGGCGUCAUCAGAAGGGAAGCCCCUCCUCACAGUGACUACCAAGCUGGUGAGUGAGCAACAAGAGAGCCGCCCACUUUUAAGUCCCUCCAUCGACGAUUUCCUCUGUGAGACCAAGUGUGAUGGGGUUUCCCGCCCAGUGACUUCCAACACAGCUGUUCUCUCUUCAACACUGGACUUGCUGGAUCUCAGUGAACCUGGUGAGAGGAGAAGCAGCAAGGACAAAAGGAGCCCCCUAUCGUCCCGGGGCAACAGCCAGAAGAACAACCCUCACAGGAAGAAGACGGAUGAGACGGAGCUGAUCCAGGUGGACGUUGAACAGACAGGACAAAGCAUGAGGACCCCAGAGAGGGCGUCAAUAGACUCAGUUGGUUCAACAUUGGAUAAAUGGGAAGAGCUGAACCCCAACCCUGAGAGGAAUGGCAACAGAAAAUGGAAGUUGGAGAGACGGCGUUCAUCUAAAAAUUCAUCCAAUGAAUUUCUUUGGUCCACAGACUGUAAAACUCAAUUAGAGCCAUUGAACAAGAACUUGGAAGCAAAUACCAAAGUGGAGACCGAGUGUGCUUUAGCAUCUCAACUCAACAGGCAGUAUAUUAGUGGAAGACAUGCUCGCCUAAGCAAGGAGCAGCGGUGGGGCAGUGCUCUCCUGUCCAGACAUCAGUCCCUGGAGGAAGAGUUUGAACGAGCCAAGGCUGCUGUUGAGUCAGAUACCGAAUUCUGGGAUAAGAUGCAGGCAGAGUGGGAAGAGCUCGCUCGGCGGAACUGGCUGACAGAAAACGAGCAGGCGCAGAUUCCCUCCUCUGUCUCUCCACAUGAGAAGGGUUACUACUUCCACACAGAUAAUCCUUAUAAAGAUUUGCCUAACGCAUUUGAAGAAGGACUAAAGAAGUCUCGAGAGGGAGACUUGCAAAACGCUGUACUUUUGCUGGAAGGAGCCGUCUUGCAGGACCCUCAAGAUUCAGAGGCUUGGCAAGUGUUGGGGACCACACAGGCUGAAAAUGAGAAUGAGCAGGCAGCGAUCGUCUCCCUCCAGAGGUGUUUGGAGCUCCACCCAAACAACCUUCCAGCCCUCAUGGCUCUGGCUGUGAGCCUGACCAACACCGGUAUGCGAAAUGAUGCCUGCGAGGCCCUGCUCUGCUGGCUGCGACACAAUCCAAAGUACAAGCACCUGCUGAAGGGCAAGACCCACCUGAUGGGAUCCCCAAACUCCCAAUGCAGGAUGUCUACUGCUCCCAACGUGGGCAGACACGAAAGCUCCCUGCCCGAGGUCAAGGAGCUCUUUCUGGAAGCAGUUCAGCACAACUCUGACAGCGUCGACCCGGAUUUGCAGACGGGCCUUGGGGUGCUCUACAACCUUAGCGGAGAGUUCAACAAAGCUGUAGAGGCCUUCAAUACGGCCCUGUCCGUGCGGCCCGAGGACUACUUGUUGUGGAACCGCCUGGGGGCCACACUGGCGAACGGGGACCGGAGUAAGGAAGCUGUGGAGGCUUACACGCACGCCCUCGAGCUGCAACCAGGUUUUAUCAGGUCCCGCUACAACCUGGGCAUCAGCUGUAUUAACCUGGGGGCACACAGAGAGGCGGCCAGUAACUUUCUGACUGCAUUAAGCCUCCAGAGGAAAAGCCGGAGUCGGCAGCAGUCCCACCAGGUCAUGUCUGGAAACAUCUGGGCUGCUCUGAGGAUAGCUUUAUCCAUGAUGGACCAGCCAGAACUCUUCCAGGCUGCAAAUAUUGGUGACCUGGAUCUCCUCAUGCGGGCCUUUAACCUAGACAUUUGAGGAAUGGGAGGUAGUGACAAUAGCAUUUCCCCCUUCAUUUACAGUACUCUUCGAUUUCUACCCAACAGCCAAAAGACCAAAGUGCACACAUCAGAGUGGAUUGGAUCUGAUGUUAGAGACAAUAGUGUAGUUUUUAUGCACGUCAAAAUUAACUGCAGUCGUCAAAGUUGUCAUAUUUUUCGCUCAAGUACCUUGGAGCAGUUCUGAGGACAGGUUCUUCCAAGUGGUUGAAGUGACUGCUUUGUGAUGGAUUUGCAAUGCAAUUUGUGAUUUCCCUAAAGAGCACAAGGACGGGCAAAGAUUGUACAGGCAAUGCCUUAGAGAACACAUCAAUUAAAAACUGACUCAUCCAGUGGAACAGAGCUGAGCCAGGAGAGACAGGCAGCUUGAGAAUCUCACACAGGAACCCUCACAUGCUGUUUGCGGAGAAAAGAUGAGGUUUUGAGAAAAAA